AUGCUACCUUUUCAUCUUCGUCGCGGACGACUGGGACGCAACCGUAUGCCACCAGAUCUUCCAAACAACCCGACCAACAACUCCGAUCCUGGAGAAGCUCCAACUGAAGAUCAACCAGAGACAGAACCAGAGCCAGAACAGUUCUAUCCAAGUCUAUGGGAUGUCCUCAAAGUCCGAUAUCUACUACAAUGGAAGAUAUCAAACGGUCUCCCAGAGGAACUCAUCGACAUGAUCGUCGAUGCAGCCGAGUACUGGCCCUCAAUAGAACACAAGAUGCAAGAUAAGAAGACCAUCCAGAAAGACUGUGAUCAAACCUUGCUCAAGACAGUGCCACUCUGCUACGAUCGAAAUAGCCUAGGAAAAGACGAACCUCCAAAGCCUCUUCCUCACCGUGGUGCCCAUCCAUGCCGCAAAAUAAUAUUCAAGCUUUCAUCUCGUGACCAAGGCAACGGUAGACGCCGCGAAAACAUGUACCAAUAUUCAUGGACAUGGUUCGACACGGAGGUCAUCAAGGCCGCACAUGAGCAACAGAUGUACAUCAACGGUGAAGAGCAGGAGAUUCUCGACAAUGAGCGUGGUCAGGAGCGGAAACACUAUACCGAGGCUGAUGCGUUGCUUCUUCCGCGCGGCAAUAAGUUGCAGGUCAAUGGUGCUCAUGUUGGGGAGAUGCAGCAUGUUGAGAUUGUGUGGGAUACUCAGGAUGCAAUAUUGCCCGAGUCGACAGAGGCCGAUUAUAUUGAAAGGGAUCUUGGACGGGGAAGGCUUACACUGGAUGGACGGGGCGUGCGGGAGUUGGAGGUUGGGGAUUCUCUGGCUCUUUGGGCGAGGGCUCGGUUUCCGGGAUGGUCUAAUCAUGUUGAGAAAGCUGCUGUCCGAGUUUUCUGGGCAGUUUGA